AUGGCGCAUUUACAAUACGACUUGAUAGUCGUAGGAGCAGGGAUCUACGCUCUCCAGGCACUGCGAACAUAUCUAGACAUCCACCCAGCGGUAAACGUCUUCGCACUUGAAGCAGACGAUGGGGCUGGCCGUGUCUGGAGUGAGAAGCGCUUCUACCAUGACUUCUGGACACAGCUCAGCUUCGGCUGCUGCGACUUUUCAGACCGCCCGAUGAAGCGGCCAGCCGAAGAAGACCUCCGAUACGGACUGUUUGAUGCCAAAUAUGUGCCACCCAACGACCGCUCCAUCGCAUUUGUCGGCUUCAUCAGUCUCGUCAACAACUUCCUCGGAGCUGAAUGGCAAGCACUAUGGGCGACAGCUUGGCUGGAUCACUCGCCUCUACUACAGAUACCAAGCCCACUCCACAUGAAACGAAGGAUUGCCUACGAUACGCAAUGGAGUCGUCGACGAUAUCCCUACUCUAGCGAAAUCAGCGGUACUACUUAUGAUCUUGAGUGCAUUCCAUACGGAGAUUGGUUGAUGGCAGAGUUGGGUCUGACAAGUCAUGUUCGAGGUUUGUCUUGGUGGCAGUAUUGGACCAGCGUGAAUUGUCAGAGCAGGUAUGCUGGUCUUGUCCCGGAGUAUAAGGACAAGCUUGUAGCAUCUGGCAAGACCUGUAAUCUGGCCACUGGGUAUUUCCAGAACGAAGCUGUGCAAUGA